CCUGCCCGGUUUGGCGAGGCCGACCCUGCAGGCGGUGCUGUACGCGGUAGUGAGUGCUGCGGUGUUCCUGGCGCUGCUCUUCCUCUUCCUCGUGCAACACAUCGACCCCGGGAUCAUCCCUCCUUCCGAGAUUAAAGACCCGGAAGUCGUAGCAGCAGAGAGGGGGCAGAUUUCGCCAGACCUCGUCAUCGACUCGCACGGCCAGUGGGCACGCCGCCGCCUACUGCUGGACGGGCGGUCGGAGAUCACCCAGCGCUACUGCAGCACGUGCAACGUUUGGCGGCAGCCCAGGACCAGUCACUGUUCUCGAUGUGGCUUUUGUAUGGAGAGGUUCGAUCAUCAUUGCGGGGCGGUGGGCACAUGUGUGGCACGCAAGAACCACCGCUUUUUCACCGGAUUCCUCUUCUCCGCUUCUUUGGCAUCAGGCCUUCUGCUCUAUGCGACUGUGCUGCGGCUCAAGGAGGAGGACUGGGAUAAGGGUCUGAGCGAGCAGGAGGUGUAUGUGUUCUUCCUCAUGCUGCUCGCCCUCGCCUACUUUUACACAUCGCUGCUCUUCUUCUUUGCUGUCAUGCACGGCACGAUUCUUCUUUGUGUCCUCCUCAACUUUUCCCUCCUGGCACAUCUAGAUCCGCCGAAAGCACCAUCCACGUGA